GAACAGCAUUUGACUGCUGUGCUCUUUUCGCCGUCAUAGGCAUGCAUUCGCUCCGGUGGCCUCGAAUAUCUCCUGGCUUCGACGCAGCAAGGAGACAACAUGACUGGACCAGAUUCAGGAAGCUAUGGAUGGGAGUCAUCGACGACGUGGUGUAGGUCGAGUGGCUGGUAAGCAAGGUAGGUCUGUUGCCUAAGCCAUGUCCGAAGCAAGGCAUAUCGUGCAAAACGACAAUAUAUGAUGGUCAGCCUGUUGCUCAUGUCUCUUGACAACACACGAGGUCUCCCCAAAAGACACUUUCAACAACAUGUCAGACUCCAAGGUCUUCACACUGCGAUGGGGCAUCAUGGCGACCGGGCACGUCGCCGGACGCUUCACAAGAGAUCUACUCACCGAUCCUUCGUCCCGAGACGUCUCCGACGUCCACCAUUUGAUCACGGCUAUCGCUUCGUCAAGCGGCUUGCAGAGAGCAGCAACGUUCCGCGACGAUGUCAAGGCGCCGCAGAAUGUCAAACUGUUUGGUUCAUACGCUGAAAUGGUCAGCGAUCCGGGCGUUGACAUCGUCUACAUUGCCACGCCAGUCAGCCAUCAUUUCCAGAAUGCGAUGAUGGCGAUAGAAGCUGGCAAGGCGGUGCUAUGCGAGAAGGCAUUGACGGCCACGGCUUCGCAGGCUCGCAUUUUGGCUGCUGCAGCAACAACCAAAGGAGUCUUUCUACUUGAAGCUGUGUGGACCCGUUUCUUCCCACUCUCUUCGACAGUCAGAAGCUUGGUUUCUCAAGGUGUCAUUGGAACCGUUCAUCGAGUGAUAGCGGACUGUUCCCUCGACAUCAAUCCGCCCGAAGAAGGCGGCGAGAUCGACACAAGCAACAAGCUACACCGGCUGCUCAAACUUGAUCUUGCUGGCGGCGCCAUGCUCGACCUGGGAAUCUACUCUCUCACUUGGAUCAUGCAGAUCAUGUACCACCUGCAACCCAAAGGCCAUGACAAAGAGAAGCCCAUGAUCGUGUCGGCCGUCAACAAGUACCCUACCGGCAUCGACGAGACCUCAAGCUUCAUCCUCCAAUUCCCACGCCAGAAGGCUAUGGGAGUCGGCAUGACGUCUCUUCGUAUCGCCUCCGGCGUCGACUUCGACUUCACCGCGGGCCCUCCGAUCCGCAUCCAGGGCACGAAUGGCGAGAUUCAAGUAUUCGGCCCGGCUUUCAAGCCUAAAAAUAUUCGCGUGAUUACGAAAGACGGCAACGGCCCCGCUCAGGUCCAGACGGAUGAGUUCCCCAUUCCCAGGGACGAAAGCCGGGAGAAUUGGGGUCAUGGACUGUUCUGGGAAGCGGACGAAUGUACGAGGUGCAUCAGAGACGGGAAGCUGGAAAGUGAGACUCUGCCGCUUGACGAAAGUGUCCUCAUGAUGGAGAUCAUGGAAAAGGUUGUGAAAGAUGGAGGGGUGAAGUACCCGGAUACCAUAACGGGCGACAACUACCACGCGCACUGA